AUGAGUCAGAUCUCCGCUGGUCAACGUCGUGAAGGAUCCUCGAGCCAUGUCAGAAGAAGGCUUGCGGUAGAAGAGGAAAUCAUCAAGCUCCCGGAUUGUGACCUUGAAGCAGUCACGGAACAGUUCAAGCUUACUGUGAUUGGACGUAUGUUCCAUCGUGAAGGACGUAGUACAGAUGCCCUGAUCAACUUGCUCCCCAAGCCAAAGAUCUGGGACGUUGAAGGAAGAGUCCAGGGUAUAAAUCUCGGAAACGGACGGUUCCAAUUUAAUUUCGACCAGGAAGAAGACAUGAUGAAGGUUCUGGCUAAAAGGCCAUGGCACUUUAACCGCUGGAGCUUUUCACUGGAAAAGUGGGAACCCUUCACCAGUGAGGACUUCCCAAACUCCAUGCCCUUUUGGAUCCAAGUCACGGGCGUGCCGGUCCACUUUUGGAACAAUCCUACCUUUAACGAGAUUGGAAAAGCCUUGGGUUUUGUCAUGAAUAUUGAUGCAAAACGUGCAAAGGUCCAAGUCUCAAUUAACGCAGAUCUCCCACUACAGUUCGAACGGAAAGUUGGUUUCCCUAACGGAGAUACGGGUAUGGUGAAGCUGACCUAUGAAGGUCUCCAAAGGCAUUGCUUCACGUGCAAGCUUCUCUCGCAUGAAGAAAGUACAUGCCCAGAUCUAACAGAAGCUCAACGGGAAGAAAAAAAGUUGCAACGUGCGGAACAGACACGCCAGGAAGCUUUAGCCGGACUCCUGGCCAUUCCAAGCUUUCCAACCAACCCGACGGCGGUUUCCGUACCCCGACCAAGGGAGAAACACUCGGUGAAUCCCCAUGCUGAUGACCGUCCAAGGGCUUUGCUCCCGAGACGCGAAUAUCAGGAAAGGGACAAAUCUCCGACUAUACAUCAUUCCCCGAAACGUACUGGGGAUUUACGCCACGAGCUACGAGAACGAAGGGAAUCGAGAGGAAGAGAUGUUUGGAGAAGAUUGGAACGCGAUUCGUCCGAUCGUAACUACUCAGCAAAAACACGUUACCACCCUUACCACAAAUCCCGUGACGUUCCUAGAUACUCUAGAGACCUACAACGUGAAUCUCAACACGUAUAG